UUUAUUGCGAAUAGUGAGACUGCCUUUGUUGUUGUUUUAUUAGCAAAUCGUGUGAUUUCAUAUCAAACUUUCAAUCAAUAGUAUUUUGAAACUUUUUUUUAGUUUUAAAUGUUAUAUCGUUCAAGUGUGCUGAGAAUUUUUGAGAAUUAUCUAAAGGACUCUCAUUUAAAUCAAUUUAAUUCCAUCAAAAGAUUUUUAUCAAACAAAAUGUCUGAUGAAAACGGUGUAUUUAACGGUACGCUUGACCGAUAUAAUGGCAUCACAAUUGAUACGGAAAAUGAAACGGUGGUUGAAGGAUUUUCCGAAAAGUUAAAACAUUCACUUGAACACUGGCAACAGAGGUCAAUGGGAACGAUUUGGUUCAAGGUGAAAACCAGUCAUGCACAAAUUGUACCAACACUCGUUGAGAAUGGCUUCGAUUUUCACCAUGCGAAAGAGGGAUUUGUUAUGAUGUACAAAUGGUUGCCAGUAAAUUUAUCGGCAAAUAUUCCUGUGUAUGCUCAUACAAUGGUUGGUGUUGGCGGUUUGGUUGUGAAUGAUCAGAAACAAAUACUGACAAUCAAAGAAAAUCGGGCAAUUGUUCAGGGUGCUUGGAAACUGCCAGGGGGUUACGUUGAACCAAAUGAACAUUUUGUGGACGCUGCGAUUCGUGAAGUGGCUGAAGAGACGGGAAUUGAAACAAAAUUUGAUUCUUUGGUAUGCGUUCGACAUGCAAUGGGUGGAAAUGAUAAAAUUAAAAUCGGAUUUGGGUGUUCCGAUCUAUAUUUUGUGGUCGCUUUAAAGCCACAAACUCAAGAGAUAACGAAAUGCGAACGAGAGAUCGCUCGAUGCGAAUGGAUGGAUUAUGAUAAAUAUUUGCAGCAUCCAAAUGUGCACCAAAUGAAUCGCUUAUUUUUACAAACAUUUAUAUCGAAUGAAGAGAGGGGCAUUAAAUUAUCAUGCAAAUCUUAUACUCAUGAAUUGCUCAAAAGACAAUACCAAAUUUAUUCCAUCGAUAAUAAUAUCGGUAGCUCAAGUGUUCCAAAGGAUGAAUAGGUUUUAUUUUUGUUC